AUGACACCCAGUCUAGAACUUCAAACAACACUUACUGAUACCGUUGGAGCAGUAUUGGAUUAUGUGAUCGAUGUUAUGUGUCAGAGCGAUCAACAGUUCAACUCAGCUCAAGAAUCAGACGCGAAGCACUAUUCACAAGGUCAUGACCUCGAUCCGCUAAAAUAUGGAUAUUCUGAUAGCGACAAGACUGAUGAGCUUUCACAGAAAUUCUCGCUCAUAGCCUACAAUGAUCAAGUCAGACACUUUCGAGAUGCGGUGCAAAGAAUCCACCUAGCGAGCAAAAAAGUUCCGGAAUUUGCAGAAAUGGUCGCCAAGCGUAUUCAAGAUCACGGGAGAGCUACAGUUGUGAGGUCAAGAGAGCCUAACUUGUUAUUCGAGCGUCAAAGGCUUCUUAGUGCUACUGCAGCUCUCAGUGCAAACACUGAUAUAUCACUAAACAGUUUGAAGAACAGAAGAUGGGGUCAGUUAUUUUUCGAUAUUGGAUAUAUUGUCUCAAGAGGUCAAAAUAGCGAUGUUUCGCUCACUGAUUCUAUGGUCCCCAUGACUUGUGAAAUAUUGGCCUUAUUUCAAGGAAAGCCAACAAUGAAGCGGGAGACCGAAAGUCACGUUGAGUAUGAGAGCUCAGACUACACCGCAUAUUUCCAUGCUAUCCCGAUAAUAUAUCAAUUAGCAGAGUAUGUUACGCAAUGCCUAAAGAUUGGAGAGGCCCAAAAUCGCAAGGAAGAAAUAUUCCAGAGCGCCAUCAGACACGUUGUUAAAGUCAUUCUUCAGCUAGAAAAUCUGCCUUCUUUAAGGGCAGACCAUAAUGAAGUGGAUUAUGGCAUCUUCUCGAAAUCACUUAGAAGCAAGCAAAAAGACGCAAACAAUCCUGUGGUCAGUUUUCUCCAUCCUUUGCAUCUGUUCCUAUCAUGGCUCAUUGAAUAUGCUUCAUUCAAAGACAGUGACGAAUUGAUUCGUUUAAUCCAUGACGCCUCGAUAAAUGCUACGAAUGAUAAUUCGGUCGAGGCCUUGGAGAAUAAAGGACUUUUCAUGAGAAGUCUCACGGUUGAUGAGAUAACGAGGGUGAAAAUUGAGGAUGAGAUAAUCCAUCAAUUAUGUCUUGGUUCUAUGAAUUACACCAAGUUGUGUUCACAAAUUCCUGAACACAUUGUUUCGGAGAGAUUCUUCGAUUCUACUCUUGAAAAGGUGGCUCUGUUCCGAAAACCAACUUCUGGGAAAGAAUCUGGUACUUUUGUUUUGAGAGACGAGUAUUACAAACGGGUCAAUCCGUACUACCAUAAUUACUCCCUGAAUAAGAGGGAUGAGGUGCUAAAGCUCAUGAAAGAACGAGUAACGAGAAGCUCACAGCAAUCAUUGAUCGAUGUGGUAAUUGAGCCUGCGCAUGCAAGCCCUGGCAGAGCAGGUAUAUACCACUCACUUGGCAGGUUUACUUCAUCACAACAUUUUGUCAAUUUUCUUGUAACUUGUCUACGAUACGUUUUGAUGGAAGGAUCUCGUAAGCUAGACGCCUUACUCGACACGUUGCUCCACGUGGUGCAUACUUGUGCAUCAGAGCAGUGGAACGAGCUGAGGGCUGACGAGUCCUUCUGUCAGAGAGCCGUGGGAACAGAUAUUGGGCUGCUGUUGUCCUUGGCAUCAACUUUGUACAAUCUCCUUCUUCAUGAUGAUGUGAAGGAACAUCAUGCUAAAGUAAGAGCGAUCUUCAGAUGUUUACACACGAGCGUCGAUAAUUUUCUUCUGCAAAUGGAAAGACAAGUACCAAAUUUUGACUUGAAGCUCCUACAUGCCCCUGGUAACAAUAUGGUGGAGAACGACUCGGAAAGAAAGAAGCGAUUAGCAACCCGCAGACAAGAAAAGCUUAUGGCGAAGUUCAAAAAACAACAAGCGCUGUUUGUUCAGCAAAACGACUUACUUAAUGACUGCAGUGACACCGAGAUGGAGGAUGCUGAUGAGGAUGGCUGGAAGUUUCCAACGUCUCAUUGUAUUCUCUGUCAAGAUACAGCCAAGGAUGCUGGGCCAUUUGGCUUGAUUGUUCAUGUAUCGAGAUCAUCUGAGUUCAGAGAAAUUCCAUUUGAGGACGACUAUUGGUUAAUGAAAGCGUUCUCGGGCAAUGCUAACUUAGAUCGAGAUGAGAAGCAUACUUACCCUGAAGCGAAGACACAGGCUUUCAAAGAUUUUAUGAAAAAUGUGGAAGAAGGUUCUGUCAUUGGCCCAGGCUUCAAAAAUGAUGGAAAUGUUAGCAGCAAAUUGGUUUCUCUGACCUGCGGUCAUGGAAUGCAUUUUAAUUGCUAUAUUCAAUUUUUGGCGAGUAACCGUUCGAGAUCAAACCAUAUUACCAGAAACACUCCCGAUAAUAUUGAGCACCGAGAAUUUUUAUGUCCUCUUUGCAAAGCGCUCAAUAACAUGUUUGUCCCAAUUUUAUGGACCGCUAACAAUCGAUCAUUGAAAGACUUUCUACUCCCUCCGCCGUCGAGCUUGAAUGCGUUUGAUGAUUUGCUGAGAAACAAAUUACACGACAAGAGUUGGUUCCACACAUUCUGCAAAGCAGCCUCCAACGACUUGCAAGAGUAUGCUAUUCUCACCAAUGUUGCGAGAGAUAUUAUAGGCCAAGAUUCGGACUCACUUUCAUCCACUGGGCAGCAACAAUUCCGCAUUCUUCUCUCUAAUAUGUUUCAGAUCUUGUCACUUUUGACAUUUCCGCAGAUAUUCAAGGCGGAUUCUUCCAAUAUUCUUGUGAAUACUAUCAAGGCUACAGAAAUCAGCUUGCGAGGAGUUUGUGACAGUUCCGGAUUGGUCUAUCAUCAGAUAAGCAACAAUGCUUUAAUCAAUUUAAGAGCUUUAAACGAGUUCAGGAUUACUAGUCUCAUGAUGAAAACAUCGAAUUGGGUGAAGAACUCUCAUCAGAAACCGGACACUCAUGUAAAGAUUCUCGCGAACUUGCUAACACUAUCGGCCGAAAAUUUUAAUAAGUCAAUACUCCAGCAUGAUUUCUUGGAGAUUCUUGUCAAUGUCUUUCCAAUGCCAGGCGCUGGCUUCUCCUUUCACGAAAUUUUACGGGCGUGCUUCAUUGGCCAUGUGAUACAAACUUUGAAUAUUCUUUCCACAAAAAUCGAGGAGAAAGGUUUUUUCAAUAAUGAUGUGAUUUCAAUUUUAGAUAUCCCAUUCUCAGAGAUGAUAGCUCCCGAUGAUGCCCGCACUGUGUUUCAUUUAUUCAAAGCUUUGCUUGAACCUGGCUCGCUUAGAAGGCUAAGCAGUGCCAUCUCAUCAGAAAUUUUAGGGUAUGUUCUUUACUCGAUGUUGCUCAAGAGUGUUACGCCAUUUUUGCGUCAAUCUACGAUCUUUGCAUUUGUGAACUGUCACUUCGAUAGUGGGCCUAACGAGGAAAGUGAGAGCUCGAUAUUCGAGGCAGACAAAUUAGCUGUCUACCUACUGCAAGAUCGGUAUGACGAGUUUGUCAGAUCGUUAUGGCUUCAGCAUAACAUUCCGAAUUAUAUCGUUAGGAGACUCGAUGGCGUCAUUGAUGCUGGUGGAUGGGAGACCUUGUGA